AUGGGAGAGUCAAAGCCCGACACAGCCGUCACUAACAAGGCAAGCUGCAAUAGUUCCAAACGAUGGACAUCUCUGUCGUACCUCACACAUCGCGAAGUUCACGGAAUGCGAAGUGCACUGAAGAACGAUACCUUCUCCGCCAAAUUGUACAGACAUUUCUCGCUGAAAAACAUCGUGGACCCUGAGGAUGACCCAAAUAACGUUGGGCACGGAGCGAUUUUCAACCUAGAAUUUUCUCCCUUUGGUAAACUUCUUGUGGCAGCUUGUGAAAGACGUAGCCUCCUUAUGUUUGAUCCGCUGACUCACAAGCUGAUUAAAACCUUACGACACGCUCAUGUCGAUUGCGUUAAUUGUGUUCGAUUCUUGGACUGUAGGACCUUUGUUACGUGCUCUGAUGACACUACUGUAGCUUUAUGGGACUCCAGGAACCUCAAAAGCAAAAUGCUUAGUUUAGAGGGCCACGCAAAUUGGGUUAAAAGCAUUGAGUUUCAUCGACCGUCUGGUCUGCUGGUGACGUCAGCUUUUGAUGAUACAAUCAGAACAUGGGAUAUCAAUGGAUACUCAAAUGAGGGAAGAGUCAAUAGCCGUGUUAUUUUCCAGUUUUCCAAUUUAAUUCGCAUGAAAAUUUGCCCGGGCGGUUCCAAAAUGAUUAUGUCAUCUAUUCCCGGUAAUUUACUAGUGGUGCAUAAUUUGGAUCUAGACUAUCUGCAAUAUGACAUUAAAGGUGACGAGUAUCCCCACUGGGAUGCAACAGAUUCUUCCCUUGUUAGCUUUGCAAGCCAUCGGUGGCCAAGUAAGGGAAGAAAUGCAUUGGAGGUUAUUCAAGAUUUUCCUGAAGAGUGUACCCCAUGGUGUAUAUCAUCAGUGGAGGUACACCCACAAGGAUGGUGUACACUGGCUCGAUACACCUGCAAGAAAUCAAGGAAUGAGUGGACUGUGAUUCAUGAUAUUCAGGACAUAGCUGAGGGAAGGGAUGGUAAGUUACUACAGUAGGUGGCAAAAGCUUUGGAGUAGGCAGAGAUGGAAAAAAGGGGGAGUCCAGGGGCAUGUCCGCAGGAAAAAUUUUGAAAUCUGUGCCUCUUAGAAUGCAUUUCAAACAUUCUAUAGCAAAAGUUAGAGUUUUUGAACAGAACACGGACAUCAUUAAAUUGAAGCUUUUUCAUUCAGAGACAGCACAUGAAUACAUGUACUUUUUUUUUUAAUUUACUCUUCGUGCCAAUACCUCUGAACCAUUGAUUGUUUCAGUAUCCAGGGUUGGCACAGUCUUGAAAAGUCCUUGAAUUUUAGGGGAAGUCCUUAAAAAGUCCUUGAAUUCCAUUUUUCCUUGAAAAGUGACCUUAAAUGACUGUGCAAGUCCUUGAGAAGUCCUUGAAUUUUCUUCAACUUUGGAUGUAGUGGCCUCGAAAGAGUUUUUUGAAGCUUUUUGGUUGUCCAAGACAAAUAUAAAUCAUAGCUCAGAGAAUUUAAAGGUUAUUUACAUAAAGUGCUCUGUUUUAUGCAAUAAUUAACUAUCAAUUUAAGACCAGUGGACUGAAAAAUGUUUGAGUCAGGUUGGUGAAGCAAACAGUUUAAGCCUUAAGUCUUAUUAGAAUAGACUGGGAAUGGAAUUUUUUGUACAAUCUGUGAAAUUACAUUCCUAGUACAGCGUGCAAAGAAAGUCGUGUCUGAUAGCCCGGGGAUAGUGGAUUUUGCUAUUGGGCUAGUGAUUUUUGUUCUCAACUUGCCCAACGGGCAAGUGCUCCUUUUUGGGGAAAUUGAAAUUACAGAAGGAUUGUAAUCAACCCUGCUAAUCAAAAAGGGUUUUGGGGCUAGCUGGAAUGACUUGUGGGCUAGCACAUGCUAGCUACAGCUUGCCCGAAUGGCAUUCUGUAAAACUGACUUUCUUUGCACCCUGUAGUAGGUGGUCCUUGAAAAGUCCUUGAAAAAUGGUUGCAAUUUUUUGUAUGAAAAUGGUAUCUGUUUUAAAUAAUGUUUAAUAUUUUGAAAAAACUGGAAUAAUUUCCAAAGAAAAGUAGGCGGUGAGUUCACGUGAAAUAGCUGGUGAAUUUUGCUGGCCACUGGCUCUUUUUGAAAACCGUCUCACUAUAUUUUUUAAGAGAUACAGUAUAGCCCAGGAGUAAGUUCUUAAGUUCAAAGUUGGGUUUGCUAAAUGUAGGCCCGCGGCCUAGGGGCCCACAGCCAGCAGUGGCCCAUUCCACAGGACAAUGGCAAUACAAACUCUGGAAAUGGCAUUGGGUUUCUCUCCUUUUGAAAAUCAAGAAUGGAAUGCUUGGCUGUUAGGUGUUCAUGCUGCUUCGCUUUCAUGGGCUGUGGGCUGUGGGCCUGGUUUUAGCAAAACCUGUCAAAGUUUACAAGAGGAAACAUACAUGUGAGGGAGACUUGCAUUUUGCAUACCUGCAACUUUCGUUUGAUUUUUAUUAUCCUUUGUGUCUUACGCUAUCACAUACAUUGAAGCCCAAAGGAAAGAAAAUUUUUAUUUAUUUAUUUUUUAUUUAUUUAUUUAUUUAAAAUCUUUCCUGGUAGUAUACUACUAAUAAUUAUUACAGUCAAUAAAUUUGAAAAAUUGAAUACCUUGGCAGGGACUGAUAGUAAAAUGUAAAUGGAGGUUAAACUGAACCACGACAGUUGCACAUGAAGGUUUGACCAUAGUCACUCUUCAAUCUCUCUUCCUUUCAGGUGAAGAGAACAUUUCUCCUCCACGGCGCCUCACUCACAGCAUACAAGAACCCAAUGUUGCCAAAGGCUAUAUAAAAGAACACUGCUUCAACCAUGAUGGACGAAUCAUAUGCUCACCAUUUGGUAAUUCUGCAAGAAUCCUGAGUUUUAGUCCUGAGUGUGAUGAACUAUCUUCUUGUGUUCAUAGUACACCUUCAGAACUGUGUGAUUUAAAAACACUUAUAAGUCACAAGCAAGCUGUUGUGACUUGUAGGUUCUCACCCACGCAUUCUCUUCUCUCUCUGGGUUGCUUGGGUGGAAAGGUGAGUUUCUACCAGCCUAAACUCUAAAAGUUGCCGCUUCCAAUCUGUUGCACCAUGUAAGGGAAUUCUGAUUCCAGAAUGAAGGAAAUUUUUGCUUUUUGUUUCUGGAAUCUAACAAAUUUUUGCUGUGGAAUCCAGGAUCCUGGGCUUUAUAAUUCAGAAUACAGCUCAAGGAAUCCAGAAUCCACGUUUCGCUGACAAAACAUUCAGAAUCCAAUACCUGGAAUCUAGAAUCCAAGACUGUCUUGGAUUCCCUCACAUCAGGCGAAAUCAUAUUAAGGCUGCUAGGUAAUAUGGUGCUGGGUAAUAUGGGCAACAAAUUUGCGCAACUUUUUAUGUUAGUCUUGCAGAUUGAUUUCGCUCACUUUUCCAUCCAUGUGAGCAGCUUGCAACACAAAUUUUUUUGUUAUGUCAGGGUUGCAAUAUGCAUUGUGCAAAAUGGAAGACUCUUCUUCUGAAUCUGCCGUUAAUCGGAACUGACAAGAAAAAUUGUUGCAUGACAAUUAAAGUGCUCAAGUGGGCGGCAAAACAAGCAAUAUCACUUUUUAACUCAUAAAGGAGCAAUGUUCUUUAAAAAAGUGGGAUCAAUUUGUAGGCCCCUCUCACAUAAUAUUAAUAACAAACAAAUAUAACACUGUCUGGCACAUAAUGAUUAGGAUAUUAUUCACAGAUUGCUUUAAAAAUUGGUAGCAUAACUACCUAAAAUUUAGGAAAAUAUUUAGCAAACAGGUGAUGUCUUCACACAGGCUCAGAAAAAUACUUUCAGUAGCUAAUAAAACAGACUCCAACUUGAGAUCAAGUGACUUUGGAAUCCACUUGAUCAAUUCCAUUGUCAAUUCCAUUGUCAAAUGUUGGAACAGAGAAUAUUGAAAAUUCAUGUGCUAUGAAGUGUAGAGGCUUCAGUGGGAAUAGCCCUUUUUUACAGUUACAGGUGGAAAUGAGGCUGGAGUUGCUGUUUUUUUUAUAUACAACCCUUCCUUCUUAUUAUGUAAAUCAUUUUGUUCUUAUGAUAACUGGUAUUUUAAAAGCAAACUUCCGUGAGAAAAGGAAGGAGGUUUGUAUUAAAACAAGGUCAACCUCAGCCUCACGUUCACUGAGAGGCUGGGUAGGAACCCCCAACAGUGUUAAAAUAAAAUGGUCUAUCAAACGCAGGAGCUUGGUUAGAGCCACCUCAAAAGGCACAAUAAACAGCCCUGUGGAAAGUUACUGCUCAGUAUUUUUCAACUGAAUAAUCACACUUUGGGAUUUCCUCAACAGACAUACAAAUAAUUUGUAGAUCUUCCAUGUACAGCAUAUGAAACAGGGUCCCCACUACUCCUGGAAUUCCUAGAAAUUCCUGGAAAUUGAAAAUUUUUCCAGGGCCCUGGAAAACUCCUUGAAAAUUCAAUGUUAGCAUCAACUCCUGGAAAACUCCUUGAAUUUUUCUAUUAAUCUUAGUUGUAGGAUUGAAAAAUACUUUUUUGGACCAUUUUUUUUUGGUAAGUAACUUGUUCUAAAGAAAAUUGAUGUGAAAUUUACAACUCUGGGGUCCUGGUUUUUUUGUUUAUACCCUGGAAAACUCCCGGAAAACUCCUGGAAUUUCAUAAUCUACAGAUAGUACGAACCCUGAUGAUACAGUACCAAAAGUUUAAAACAGGUUCGUUUACAGAGUUUGGCAUUUAGCAUUAUAGUGUGUCC